ACGCAGACGCAAGCCUCGACGCGCGUCUCAUUCAGCUGCCUUACCUUCCGUACACCAUGUCUGGCUCAUACGACCGCGCUCUCACUGUCUUCUCGCCGGACGGUCACUUGUUCCAGGUCGAAUAUGCUUCUGAGGCCGUGAGGCGUGGAACCUGCGCGGUAGGAGUUCGUGGAAAGGACGUCGUCGUCCUCGGAGUGGAAAAGAAGUCUGUACUUCAGCUGCAAGAUCCACGCACCGUCCGUAAGGUCGCUAUGCUCGAUGACCAUAUCUGCCUUGCUUUUGCUGGUCUGACUGCCGACGGACGUGUACUCAUUGAUAAGGCAAGGAUAGAGUGCCAAAGCCAUCGUCUCACGGUUGAGGACCCAGUGACUGUCGAAUAUAUCACGAGGCAUAUCGCAACCAUCCAACAGAAAUACACUCAGUCUGGAGGUGUCCGGCCAUUUGGCGUUGCAACGCUGAUUGUUGGAUUCGAUCCUCAUACUACCGAGCCCAAGCUGUUGCAAACUGAGCCAGGAGGAAUCUACAGUGAAUGGAAAGCCAACGCAAUCGGUCGCUCUUCUAAGACUGUCCGCGAGUUCCUCGAGAAGAACCACAAAGACGAUCUUAGUCGCGACGACGCCAUCAAGUUGACGGUGAAGAGUCUCCUUGAGGUUGUCCAGACUGGCGCAAAGAAUAUCGAGAUUAGCGUCAUGGAGAGCUAUGGCAAAGUUACUAGCCUCGAACUUUCGCAAAUUGAAGGCAUUGUGCAAGAAAUCGAGCGCGAGAAGGAAGCGGAGGCGGAGCGGAAACGUUCAAGACUUGCUGCCGCUGCAGCAGGCCAGGCUGCGAUGUCACAAAGGGUGGAUACCCCGGCACAGUAAACAUGAUUGCCCGCUUUCUGUACAUUGUUCAUGUAUAUCACUCGUCGAAUACUCAUUCACUGCAAGUCUGUGUGCUGGUUGACA